AUGAAGGCCUCACUCCUCCAGGUCGCUCGAGGCGCUGCCCACGGCCUCCAACGGCGCACCUACUCGUCCCGCACUUCUCAGGCGAGGCAUUUAAUGUCCAUCGGUGAUCUGACCCCCAACGAGCUGUCUACCCUGAUUCGCAACGCCGCGUCGAGGAAGCAUGCCAUCGGGGCCGGCCGAGCUCCGGCCUCCCUCACAACGUCGCUCACGGGCAAGACUGUCGCCAUGAUGUUCAGCAAGCGAAGCACCCGGACGAGAGUGUCUACCGAGGCGGCCGUGACGGCGCUCGGUGGCCACCCCAUGUUCCUCGGCAAGGAUGACAUUCAGCUUGGUGUAAACGAGUCCCUGUACGACACAUCCGUUGUCAUCUCGUCCAUGACCUCGUGCAUGGUGGCCCGAGUCGGACCACACUCGGACGUUGCCAACCUCGCGAAGCACUCCAGCGUACCGGUCAUCAAUGCCCUGUCGGACGACUUCCAUCCGCUCCAGACCAUUGCCGAUCUCCUGACCAUGCAUGAGGCGUUUCCCUCGUCCAAGGCCUCGGGCCCUGAUCUUGGACUCGGGGGCCUCAAGGUCGCUUGGGUCGGCGACUCGAAUAAUGUACUCUUUGACCUGGCCACCGGCUGCGUCAAGAUGGGCGUGGACAUUGCCGUCGCGUCCCCCGAAGGUUACGGCAUCCCCGAGCGCAUGAGGAAGCUCAUCACAUCUGCCGCGAGCGAUGUUGGCUCUCCCGGCAAGCUCUACGAGACGACGAUACCGGAGGACGCCAUCAAAAAUGCCGACAUCUUGGUGACGGAUACCUGGAUUUCCAUGGGCCAAGAGAGCGAGAAGAAGAAGCGCCUGGACGCCUUUGCCGGCUACCAAAUCACCAACGAGCUCGCCAAGAGAGGCGGCGCCAAGGAUGGAUGGAAAUUCAUGCACUGUCUGCCAAGGCACCAGGAGGAGGUCGACGACGAGGUCUUCUACAGCCCGCGAUCUCUCGUCUUUCCCGAGGCCGAGAAUCGUCUCUGGGCGGCCAUCGCUGCCCUGGAAGGUUUUGUCGUAAACAAGGGCCAGAUUUGA